UUUAAAGGCUUUUUUUUUUUUUUUUUUUUUGAGUGAGGCCGGGAAGGUUAUUAGGCUUGCCAUGGCGGUCCCAAUCGGUUCUCUUGCGCUUGGGAGGGAGAAGAUAAUCAUGCGUUUGGGAAGUGCUUGCAUUGGCCGCGCUUGCCGCGGGGUUCAGCCUGUUACAGUGCUUUGGAGAAGUUGUUCCCAGUAUAAACAGGUGGCCAAUAAUGAAGACCUGCCAGUUCCAAUGGAAAAUCCAUACAAGGAACCAAACAAAAAAUGUAUUUUGUGUGGAAAACCUGUAGAUUAUAAGAAUGUACAGCUUUUGUCUCAGUUUAUUUCUCCAUUCACUGGAUGCAUUUAUGGAAGACACAUAACAGGCUUAUGUGGGAAAAAACAGAGAGAGAUUACAAAGGCUAUUAAGCGGGCUCAGAUAAUGGGAUUUAUGCCAGUUACUUACAAGGAUCCUGCCUAUCUGAAAGAUCCCAAAAUUUGUAACAUCAAAUAUUGAGAAAAAAGCUAGUAUCAAUAAAAUUUAUUUGACAGAUUAUGUGUACUAUCAAUUGU